AUGUGUCAAGCUAAAGCGUGUUUGAUUGUGUACGAUGAUGACAGCGACAACGUUGGACCAGAAAUCUGGCCUCAAGAUUCUGCAGCGGUACAAUCCAUGAUACAAAAUUAUGUUUGUCAAAGCACUGAGAAAUCUCCCAAGACCUUUGAGAUUCAAGACUUUUUCGACAACAGAAAGAACAUGAUUGAAGCUGAGAUUUCCAAAUUGCACAAACAAGAAAGAGAGAUCAUGUAUCCAACAUGGGAUCAGAGUUUGAACAACAUGGAUAAGGAGCAACUGUGGGCGGUCCUUGCUGAUGUGAAUGCUAAGAUUGGAGCCUGUGAUCAGAGAAUCGCCAUGUUGAAAAACAAGAAUAAUCAAGAUCAUGAAAUCAGCAUCGAUGUCAUGGAAAAUAUGUCUCAUCAGCAACCAAAACCAAGUGUUUCUCAUUCGAGCCAACUCAAUUUCAUGUGUCAGAAGAACCAACAACAGCAAGUGAUGUCAAUUGAAACAUUGAUGUCUGUUGAUGAAAAAUAUGAUCAGGUGGUGGGUUUUACUGAUCAAGUUGGUGUACCGCUAGAUUCGACAUUUCAGGUUGGUGGAGUUUCUGACCAUGGAAUUAACAUGAUGAGAAACAUUGAACGAGGUGAUGCUUUCUUUCGUUACAUGCCAAACAUGGUUGCUGAGAGAACUACCUCGUCACAACCAAGUGAACUCAGUUUCAUGCAGAACAAAUCCCACGUUGGUGUUCCUCCAAAUUCAACUGAUCAAUUUGGUGAGUCUUUGAAGUGGUUUAAUCAAUUUGAUGAGUUUGAGUGGCUUAAAGAAUCCAAUGGGACAAAAGAUUUGUCAGAUUCAGUUCUUGGUAAUUUUGUGGAUUGGACUAGUCAACCACAGUUUUCUACCUUGCAGUUGCAGCAGAAAAUUCAUGGUCAAUCUCAGAAUGAGCAACAAGAAGUAGAUUUGCCUCCAUUGCCACCUUCACUGUUUUAUCAGUCUAUAGAACUUUGA